GCUCGGGCAGCGCGACGGGCGGGCGGCGGUCUCGGAGGAAGAGGGGUCGCCGCCCGGGGCUCUCGCGGCCGCGGUUCUCUAGUCGUCGCAGCAUUUCCUGUUUGGAUUGUAUCUAGCUUCUCCCCAGCUGCCUCCUUGCCCUCCCACUCCCACCCGCUCACACUCCUCCGUUUCCUCGGUCGACGCUGUCCUCGGCCCCGGCUCGGUGCUCCCGCCCGGGGACGCCGCUUGCCUCCCCUCCCGGGGUGCGGGGGAGCCCCGCCGAGACCAUGAGGAAAUUCAACAUCAGGAAGGUGCUGGACGGCCUGACCGCCGGCUCGUCCUCGGCCUCGCAGCAGCAGCAGCAACACCCGUCGGGGAGCCGAGAGCCCGAGAUUCAGGAGACCCUCCAGUCCGAGCACUUCCAGCUCUGCAAGACUGUUCGUCAUGGAUUUCCCUAUCAACCUUCAGCCCUGGCCUUUGAUCCUGUACAGAAGAUCCUGGCAGUGGGAACUCAGACUGGUGCUUUAAGGCUCUUUGGCCGUCCAGGAGUAGAGUGUUAUUGCCAGCAUGACAGUGGAGCUGCAGUAAUCCAGCUUCAGUUCCUGAUUAAUGAGGGAGCUCUUGUGAGUGCCUUGGCUGAUGACACCUUGCACUUAUGGAAUUUACGUCAAAAGAGACCUGCCAUACUACAUUCACUUAAAUUCUGCAGAGAAAGGGUAACAUUUUGCCAUCUGCCUUUCCAGAGUAAGUGGCUCUACGUGGGCACUGAACGAGGUAAUAUACACAUUGUCAAUGUGGAGUCCUUCGCACUCUCAGGCUACGUCAUUAUGUGGAAUAAAGCCAUUGAACUGUCAUCUAAAUCUCACCCAGGACCUGUUGUCCACAUAAGUGAUAAUCCAAUGGAUGAGGGAAAGCUUUUAAUUGGCUUUGAAUCUGGAACAGUAGUUUUAUGGGACCUCAAAUCAAAGAAGGCUGACUACAGAUACACAUAUGAUGAGGCUAUCCACUCUGUUGCGUGGCAUCAUGAAGGGAAGCAGUUUAUUUGCAGUCAUUCAGAUGGCACCUUGACUAUAUGGAAUGUGCGGUCGCCUACCAAGCCUGUGCAGACAAUCACUCCACAUGGAAAACAGUUAAAGGAUGGGAAGAAGCCAGAACCAUGCAAACCUAUCCUCAAGGUGGAAUUCAAAACGACUAGAUCUGGGGAACCUUUUAUUAUAUUAUCAGGAGGUUUGUCGUAUGAUACUGUAGGACGAAGACCUUGCUUAACAGUUAUGCAUGGGAAAAGUACUGCUGUGCUAGAAAUGGACUACUCAAUUGUUGAUUUUCUAACGCUGUGUGAAACACCAUACCCAAAUGAUUUUCAAGAACCGUAUGCUGUGGUGGUUCUUCUAGAAAAGGAUUUAGUACUUAUAGACCUUGCACAAAGUGGAUAUCCUAUAUUUGAAAAUCCCUAUCCUUUGAGUAUACAUGAAUCCCCUGUUACAUGUUGUGAGUAUUUUGCUGAUUGUCCUGUGGACCUUAUUCCCGCACUUUAUUCUGUUGGAGCUAGACAGAAACGUCAAGGUUACAGCAAAAAGGAAUGGCCUAUCAAUGGAGGUAAUUGGGGAUUGGGUGCUCAAAGUUAUCCAGAAAUAAUUAUUACUGGGCAUGCUGAUGGGUCAGUUAAGUUCUGGGAUGCUUCUGCAAUAACUCUACAAGUAUUAUAUAAACUAAAGACAUCUAAAGUAUUUGAAAAAUCGAGAAAUAAAGAGGACAGGCCGAACACAGACAUUGUUGAUGAAGAUCCGUAUGCCAUUCAGAUCAUCUCCUGGUGUCCAGAAAGUAGAAUGCUGUGCGUAGCUGGAGUUUCAGCCCAUGUCCUUAUUUAUAGAUUCAGCAAACAGGAAGUAAUUACAGAAGUCAUUCCGAUGCUUGAAGUUCGAUUGUUAUAUGAGAUAAAUGAUAUAGAAUCUCCAGAGGGUGAACAGCCACCGCCUUUGCCAACACCAGUGGGAGGUGCCAAUCCUCAGCCCAUUCCUCAGUCUCAUCCAUCUACCAGUAGCAGUUCGUCUGAUGGGCUUCGUGACAAUGUCCCUUGUUUAAAAGUCAAAAAUUCACCACUUAAACAGUCUCCAGGUUAUCAGACAGAACUCGUUAUUCAGUUGGUGUGGGUAGGUGGAGAACCACCACAACAAAUAACCAGCUUGGCUGUCAAUUCUUCCUAUGGAUUGGUAGUUUUUGGCAAUUGUAACGGCAUUGCGAUGGUUGACUACCUCCAGAAAGCAGUACUCCUCAACUUAGGCACUAUCGAAUUAUAUGGCUCUAAUGAUCCUUACCGGAGAGAACCCCGAUCUCCUCGUAAAUCUCGACAACCUUCAGGAGCAGGCCUGUGCGAUAUCAGUGAAGGUACUGUAGUCCCAGAGGAUCGCUGCAAAUCUCCAACUUCUGGUUCUUCAUCACCACACAAUUCAGAUGAUGAACAAAAAGUGAAUAAUUUUAUAGAAAAGGUGAAGACCAAAAGCAGAAAGUUUUCCAAGAUGGUAGCCAGUGAUAUAGCAAAGAUGUCAAGGAAGUUAAGCUUGCCUACUGACCUAAAGCCUGACUUAGAUGUAAAAGACAAUUCCUUCAGCCGAUCACGGAGUUCAAGUGUAACCAGCAUUGAUAAAGAAUCCCGAGAAGCAAUCUCUGCCCUUCAUUUCUGUGAAACUUUUACUCGAAAGACAGAUUUAUCCCCUUCACCAUGUUUAUGGGUUGGUACUACAUUAGGGACGGUGCUUGUCAUUGCACUGAACCUUCCCCCUGGAGGAGAGCAGCGGCUUCUUCAGCCAGUUAUUGUGUCGCCAAGUGGUACUAUAUUGAGGUUAAAAGGUGCAAUCCUGAGAAUGGCAUUCCUGGAUACCACAGGCUGCCUAGUACCACCUGCAUAUGAACCCUGGAGAGAACACAAUGUUCCUGAAGAAAAGGAUGAAAAGGAGAAGUUGAAAAAACGGCGGCCUGUCUCAGUAUCCCCCUCCUCUUCUCAGGAAAUUAGUGAAAACCAGUAUGCAGUGAUAUGUUCUGAAAAGCAAGCAAAAGUAAUCUCACUGCCAACCCAGAACUGUGUUUAUAAGCAAAACAUUACAGAGACCUCAUUUGUACUUCGUGGAGAUAUUGUGGCAUUGAGUAACAGUAUCUGCCUUGCGUGUUUCUGUGCCAACGGACAUAUUAUGACUUUUAGUUUGCCAAGUUUAAGGCCUCUAUUGGAUGUGUAUUACUUGCCACUUACCAAUAUGCGGAUAGCCAGAACGUUCUGCUUCACCAACAAUGGACAAGCACUGUAUCUUGUUUCACCAACAGAAAUCCAGAGACUGACUUACAGUCAAGAGACCUGUGAAAAUCUUCAGGAAAUGUUGGGUGAACUCUUCACUCCUGUAGAAACACCUGAAGCACCAAACAGGGGAUUCUUUAAAGGCCUAUUUGGAGGUGGUGCACAGUCUCUAGAUAGAGAAGAACUAUUUGGCGAAUCAUCCUCAGGCAAGGCUUCAAGGAGUCUUGCGCAACAUAUACCUGGUCCUGGCAGCAUUGAAGGCGUGAAAGGGGCAGCAUCUGGAGUUGUUGGUGAAUUAGCUCGAGCCAGGUUGGCGCUAGAUGAAAGGGGUCAGAAACUUAGUGACCUGGAAGAAAGAACUGCAGCUAUGUUAUCAAGUGCAGAUUCAUUUUCUAAACAUGCACAUGAGAUGAUGUUGAAAUACAAAGAUAAGAAGUGGUACCAGUUCUGACAACCAGAAUCCGACUAAGUCCAACUUCAGCCAAAAGGAAAAGGAGUUUUCCUUUUUUUAUUUUACUGAUUUAUUUAGGAAAGUUAACAUUAAAGGGAUGUUCAUUGCUGGAUACUGUUCUUUCCUAGCACAAUCAUGCACUGUUUUUACCUCAGUCAUAUGGCUUUAACUGAGGAGUGUUCACACACACCAAAAUGGAGUAUGUGGUGUGUGCCAGCUUUGAGUUGACAGCUUGGGAAUGAAGGAGGUCACACGUUACAGAUGAAGAGACAAAGGGGGAUGUUGAGGACAUGGCAGGGACUGUUCCUGGAUGAUUCCUGUAUUAGACUUUCAUAUGCCAAAAGAGUCUGUGCCGUUGUAUCAGCCAUCAAUGUUUGACCUCUUCGUGGGAGAGGCAAUAAGUCAGAAGUCCUAAAGCUGAAAUAGUUCUAUUUGUGUCAUUGAACUGGAUUCUAAACAGCUGUCAUGGACUUUCCCUCCCUUGAACUGACUGGUCGUCAGUAUCAUUAGUGAAAAAGAAACAAACUGUUACCAUAUCUUUAGACAGAUAAGCUGAAUGGUGGGCUUUAAAUAAUAAAAACAUACACAUAGUUGACUUGUGUAUGGGCUACUCUUGGAUUCUUGUUAUUGUAUACUUGUGUUUAGUCCAUAUUUUGUCAAAAGCAAAACAAGGUGAUAAAUCACUUUUCAUUGAAAAGAAAAGUGUAGAGCAUGACUGAACUGCUCAUGAUUCUGGGAGUUUCCAUGUAGUGGCUCUGCAGUGUGGGAAGUGAGAAAAACCUCCAUUGUGGUGAGGAGAGUACUUCAGUGUCCCUUGUCCUUGUUCUCAUUAAUUCAGCUAAAGGUGGAUUUGACCAAAAUAGUUUCUGGUUAAAUUUGUAGAAAUGUUGAAAUUGGCUAAGUUUUUCAUUUAUGCUUGAAUUUUUAUAAAAUGUUUAACCAAAUGUACCUUUGCAUUAUUUAAUUAAAAUUGCUAAAAAAAAAAGUUUCAUUAUUUCAGUAAAAUGCUCAGCUCCCUUUUUCAAAUGCCCUUUAUUUGCUAACAGUUCCAGUACACUCAGGUGAUGAGCCAGUUAAAUCUUAGUGCACAUGCUGUCGCAUGGAAAAUGACAAGCAUCUGUUGUCAAUAAUUAUCUAUAUAAGAGUCUAGUCUGAUGACCUACAAAAUAUUUUCUGUAGAAAUAUACUAUAAGUCUGUAUAUGUCCUUUCAAGAUUUUAAAAAGCCAAAAGAAAAGGAAAAUACAUACACUUUGGUAACAAAAUUAUUUCUGUAUUGGAGUAUAAUGCACAUUGAGGCCCGCACUGGACAAUGACUGGUUCCCAGGAUACCAUCGUAGACAGGGAAGAAUCCACCUGGUAGGUCUGGAAGUAAGCAAUUUCAGUUAAUACGGGCUAAUCUGAUAUUAUUUUAUUGUUAAAGCUGCAAAAGAGGAGCAAAAUAGAAGCAUUCAAAUUGACGUUAAUGAAAUUUAAAUAUUUUCUUCUAUAAAAAAUUGUUUAUAAUCAUUUUCUUUUUCAUUAAGAGAUAAUCAGAGCACAAAUUAAUAGCAAACGUGAUCGUUGUUUUUCUAUUCCAUAUGAUCAUUAAAGUUAUAUGCAGAACACCUUAA